AUGUUGCCGUGGCUUCUCCAGACUAUUGACAUCGCCACCGCUCUCGAGGCGAUCUUGGUUGGGGUGCUCUUGGGCGCCAACAUUGCCCUCCUACUCGUGUCCGCCAAUGGCUGGGCCGACGUCCAGCAACGUGCGGCGAAGCUCGCCGUCCUGAACCUAUUGCCGCUCGCUGCUGCCAUUCUGAUAAUGAUUCCCAUGACCCUGCAUGCGGUCAUCCAGCAGCACUGUCAGGUCGCCAUGAAAAUUCACUACCUUCUGAUGGUCAUGGUAAUGCACAUCUGGCCGGGGCAAUAUCUAUAUCUCUGGUUACCUCACUCAGGAUUUCACUUAUGCUUCCAACUCCAGCCCUUCUAUGUCACUUACUGGAAUAAUGCGCCCGGACCGCGCAUCCUCCUAUCGAUCAACUUUUCUCCGUUUACGACCAUCGUGUUCAUUAUAGAGGAUAUUGGCAUGUUCGAGCAGCGGCGGGCCAUGGUACGUAAGCUGAAAAUCGACCUGUUGGAUCUUGAUCAUAGUGAAUUUAAGAUAUAUAAUAAUCCUCUACGGCCAGGGACUUCCAUUAAUCCUGGGCCAAUAGUGGCCAGGGAACAUUAUAAAAAGCUAGCUUCAAUUUAUCAACAAGUCCGGGAUGCAGUUCAGCUACAGACAAGGGCAGAUAUUAAACUUUUCAACUUUAAUCUUAAGCUGUAUCAUACCUGGGCGGUCCCUUGUCGCGACAACAACACCGUCAUUAAUAUACAAAGUGAUUAUCAAAAGUGA